UUGCUGUUUCACCCACCCUAAUGUUAUUAUGCAUGCACUCAGGUGUUUAGCCGGCAAUGGGACUCCAGUGGGAACAGCUCUCGGAGCUGGGCUCAAACGCCGGCUCAGCUGUGUCCUGGGCAUCGAGACCUCUUGCGACGACACGGGCAUCGCCGUCGUGGACACCGCCGGCCGGGUGAGGGCGAAUGUGCUGGAGUCCCAGCAGGAGUUCCACACGCGGUACGGCGGCAUCAUUCCGCCCAGGGCCCAGGACCUGCACCGCGCCCGCAUCGAGUCUGCCUUUGAGCGCUGUCUAGCGGAGGCUCGGCUGGAGCCGGAGGAGCUGGCGGCCAUUGCGGUGACCACGCGUCCCGGGCUGCCCCUGAGCCUGCUGGUGGGCCUGCGCUUCGCCCGGCACCUGGCCCGCCGCCUGCAGAAGCCCCUGCUGCCCGUCCACCACAUGGAGGCGCAUGCCCUGCAGGCCCGCAUGGAGCAUCCAGGGCAGAUCCCCUUCCCGUUCCUCUGCCUGCUGGCCAGCGGCGGUCACUGCCAGCUGGUGGUGGUCCACGGACCCGGUCGCCUCAACCUCCUUGGCCAAACGCUGGACGAUGCGCCCGGCGAGGCCUUCGACAAGAUCGGACGCCGUCUGCGCCUGCACAUCCUGCCCGAGUACCGCCUGUGGAACGGCGGCAGGGCCAUCGAGCACGCCGCCCAGCUGGCCAGUGAUCCGCAAGCCUACGACUUUCCGCUGCCGCUUGCCCAGCAGCGCAACUGCAGCUUUAGCUUUGCCGGCAUCAAGAACAACUCCUUCCGCGCCAUCCGGACACGUGAGCGGCUGGAGCGAACGCCACCGGAUGGGGUCAUCAGCAACUACGGCGACUUCUGCGCGGGUCUGCUGCGCGCCGUCAGCCGGCACCUGAUGCACCGUACCCAGCGAGCCAUCGAGUACUGCCUGAGGGAGCAGCUCUUUGGCGACGUCCCGCCCACACUGGUCAUGUCCGGCGGGGUGGCCAAUAACGACGCCAUCUACGCCAAUAUCGCCCACCUGGCCGCCCAGUACGGAUGGCGGAGCUACCGGCCGUCCAAGCGCUACUGCUCCGACAACGGCGUGAUGAUCGCCUGGCACGGCGUGGAGCAGCUGCUGCAGGACCAGGAGGGCAGCCUGCGCUUCGACUACGACCGCAUCGAGAUCCAGGGCAGCGCGGGAUUUGCGGCGUCGCACGAGGAGGCUGUCGCCGCGGCGGCCCUCAAGUGCAAGUGGAUCCAGCCACUGGGCUGAUGAUGCCUUAUGAGAAGUUAGAGCUGGAGUUUCUUAAAUAAAAAUAAAAUUAUUAUUGUUUA